GGCGCGGCCGCCGCCGGGAGCGUGCGCAGGAGCCGGGGCCCAGACCCGUGAGUCGCGGCGGGGCUGGGAGCUGGAGUCGGUGCCCGCCGGCGAGCUGCAAGGCGGGCGGUGUGUGCGGGGCCCCGGCGCAGGCCCAUGGUCUUAAAUUUGUCCUGUGUCAUGGAUGAGGCUGCUUUGUCCCUUGGAACAAUAGAUGUUUCCUAUUUGUCCUCUUCAGUAGAAUAUGCUGUCACUAGAUGUAAGCACUCUAGUGAAGAAUGGGGAGAAUGCAAUUCGAGGCCUACUGUCUUCCGAUCUGCGACUUUAAAAUGGAAAAAAUGGAAGGAGACACUACUGAGCAGAAAAAGGCCAUUUGUGGGGCGCUGUUGCUACAUGUGUACUCCUCAAAGCCGGGAUAAACUUUUCAAUGCUAGUAUCCCUUCUUUGGGCCUGCGCAAUGUCAUCUAUAUCAAUGAAACACACACAAGGUACAGAGGGUGGCUGGCAAGACGGCUCUGUUAUGUUCUUUUUGUGCAAGAACGAGAUGUGCAUAAGAGUAUGUUUGCCAGCAAUGUGACAGAAAAUGUGUUGAACAGCAGCAGAGUGCAGAAAGCCAUUGUAGAGGAGGCUUCUGUAUUAAGUGCUGCAGGUACUCAGCCGGACCUCAAGGCCAUCAGCAAAGUGAAGAAAAAAGCUAGAAGGAUUCUCCAAGAAAUGGUAGCAAACAUCUCACCUGCUUUGAUCAGGUUGACUGGUUGGGUGUUACUGAAAUUAUUUAACAGCUUCUUUUGGAACAUUCAGAUCCACAAAGGCCAAUUGGAGAUGGUCAAAGCAGCCACCAAGAUGAAUUUGCCUCUUAUCUUCUUGCCUGUUCACAAAUCUCACAUCGACUAUUUGCUCCUUACAUUUGUUCUUUUCUGCCAUAACAUCAAAGCACCAUACAUUGCUGCAGGGAAUAACCUCAACAUCCCCAUCUUCAGCACAUUGAUCCGCAAGCUGGGAGGCUUUUUCAUUCGAAGGAGGUUGGAUGAGAACCCUAAUGGACGUAAAGAUGUCCUUUAUAGAGCUUUGCUGUAUGUGCACAUAGAAGAGUUGCUUAGACAGCAGCAGUUCUUAGAGAUAUUCCUGGAAGGCACACGUUCUCGGAGUGGAAAAACAUCUUGUGCCAGAGCAGGUCUCUUAUCUGUGGUGGUAGAUGCUCUCUUCACAAAUGCCACCCCUGACAUACUAAUUAUACCUGUGGGAAUCUCCUAUGAUCGCAUCAUUGAAGGUCACUAUAACAAUGAACAGCUGGGGAAGCCUAAGAAGAAUGAAAGUCUUUGGAGCGUAGCCAGAGGAGUCUUCAGAAUGCUGCGGAAGAAUUACGGAUGUGUCAGAGUAGACUUUGCACAACCAUUUUCCUUAAAAGAAUACCUAGACAGCCAAAGUCAAAAACCUAUACCUGCCAUGCUAUCUUUGGAGCAAGCUCUGUUACCAGCUAUACUUCCUUCACGCCCUAAUGAUGUUGUGGAUGAAGGUACGGAGGUUGCACUGGGUGAUUCCAGGGAUUUAUCCAAUGAGCCCUUUAGAAGACAGUUGAUAGCCAACUUGGCUGAGCAUAUAUUGUUCACUGCUAACAAGUCAUGUGCUGUGAUGUCAACACACAUAGUUGCCUGUUUGCUGCUCUACCGACACAGGAAGGGAAUUGACCUUUCCAAGCUGGUGGAAGACUUCUUCUCUAUGAAGGAGGAGGUCUUGGCCCGUGACUUUGACUUGGGAUUUUCAGGAAAUUCUGAAGAUGUUGUCAUGCAUGCCAUCCACCUGUUGGGGAACUGUGUAAAUAUCACAAACACCAGCCAAAACAAUGAGUUCUUCAUCACUCCCUGCACAGCUAUUCCUGCUGUCUUUGAACUCAACUUCUACAGCAAUGGUGUACUGCACGUCUUCAUCAAAGAGGCCAUUAUUGCCUGCAGUCUUCAUGCAGUGCAGAGUAAAAGGUAUAGAAAUGGCAUCAAUGGCGUUUCUCCCAACCUGAUUAGCCAAGAACAACUGGUCCGCAAAGCUGCCAGCUUGUGCCACCUGCUUUCCAAUGAAGGUGCUAUAUCCUUGCCUUGUCAGAUGUUAUACCAAGUUUGCCAUGAGGCAGUCGAAAGGUUUAUACAAUAUGGCAUUCUUUUGGUGGCAGAGCAAGAUGAUCAGGAGGAUGUUAGCCCUAGCCUUACAGAGCAGCAGUGGAGUAAAAAGCUUCCUGAACCCUUGCCUUGGAGAAGUGAUGAGGAGGAUGAAGACAGUGACUUUGGAGAAGAACAGAGGGAUUGCUACCUGAAGGUGAACCAAUCCCAAGAACACCAGCAGUACAUCACCUUCCUGCAAAGGUUACUGGGGCCUUUACUCGAAGCCUACAGCUCAGCUGCCAUCUUUAUGCACAACUUCAGUGGUCCUGUGUCAGAAACCGAAUACCUUCAUAAGUUACACAAGUACCUAAUAACCAGGACAGAGAAGAGUGUUGCAGUGUAUGCUGAGAGUGCCACCUAUUGUCUUGUGAAAAAUGCAGUGAAGGUCUUUAAGGAUAUUGGGGUUUUCAAGGAGACAAAACAAAAGAGAGAGACUUUUUUGGAACUGAGCAGUACUUUCCUACCUCAGCGCAACCGGCAAAAACUACUGGAAUUCAUCCUGAGCUUCAUUGUACUGUAGACCACGUUUAGUACCUUUUGCCAGGGAGACGAAGACAAGUUCUGAGAUUUGUGUCAAUGCCUGAGGGCAUUUGCUAGUCCUUCAGAGUAUAAGGCCUUAUCUGACUUGAACCACUGGAAGAAAGUGCCUUCUUAUGUAUGCAUUUAUGGAUUUCUGAUGGUCUCAAUCCUGUGAAAAUACAGUAAUACAGCAGGUGACACUGUGGAUGCAAACGAUCAGUCAUGUUUGCAGUAAAAAAAAAAAAUUAAAAAAAAAUUAAAACUAGAUUUAAAAUGAAAACUGACAUUUUAUCAGUGUUACAUUUUACAUAAUUACUUUUAAAGACUAAUGACUGUGACAGGUGCACAAAUGCAGAUAGUGAUUUAUAGCUAGCCCUGAGAGCUUGAAUUUAGUGGAAAUACUGCUUAUGACAAAAAAAAAAAAAAAAAAAGUAAAGUGAAAGCUGUUACUUCAGACAGGAAGGGGAUGACAAAUUUUCUGGUUUAUUGUUUAAAACAAAUGGUUUAUAAAGAUAUGCAUGGACAGUGCAUACUUUAUGGGAAAAGCCAUAGUUUUUCAUAAUUGUUAGCAUCUAGAAUAAAUGCCAAAAUCUUAAUGAGAAUAACAAUCAAUUGCGUAGCUAACUAGUGCUAUCGGGACUGCAUAAUGGAAUGGUAAAUUGCACUAAACGCUAUUGUCACAGUAGAAUGUGAUAGCACAAUUUUAUUUGGGCUUUCUGUCCCUUACCCUUACUAGAAAUAAGGAAUUAAUUUGCCUAAAACAUGAAUGUAUUCUAACCACUUAAAUUUUGUAUAUAAUAAAAAAAAGUUGUUUAGUUAAAACAGUGACAGUCUUUUUGUUUUAAACAGAGAAUUUAAGGAUAGCUGGCAAACCAGAAGGUUUUUUUCCCCAGUGCUGUUACCUGUUUGUAGGCAUUUUAUUUUGUGAAGUUACUUUAAUUUUGGCUCUAAAAUUUUCAGCAAUAACACAGCAAUCUUGUGGAACUGAACUCUCUAAUCCCUUUUAAACUGAAGAAAAGUAUGUUCCCAUUCUGUUUUCUGUUGCUGAGUUACAAAGUCAGCAGUUUUAAAUUGCUUUGACCUCUGGAAUCAGAAAAAUGUGGUAACGUUUCAUCUUUGGUUUUGUUUCAAUUGAGAAUUUUAAAUUAAUAUUGGGGGUUCUAGCUUAAAAAAAAAAAUAGGGCCCUGAUCUUUCACUGUUAUCCUUGGGAUUGGUCCUCUGUGCCCAUGUGGGGCCCCGUGGACUCCCCACUUGAAUGACAAAGGCAUUGCUCAGUCACUCCAGCAUAGAACUGCUGCAUGCAGUUUGAAUCCACUUUAGGAAUAACUUGUUUUUACUGCACAUUCAUUAAUUAAAAAGUUCUAUAAAUCUACUGUUUAAAUGCUAUUAAUAUUGAAAAUUUCAGAGUAUAGUUUUAGUAUUAUCGCUUCUCUUUUGUGAGAGGAACUAUUAUGCAUGUUUUCUGUCACUAAGCAGGUUCUUUAAAACAUUUUACAAGAAGAAAUUCUGAACCAAAGUUACAUUGAUUUAGAGAUAAAAGCUGACCAUAAAAUUGCUUUUGUUUUUAUGUACGUCUACUUUGUUCGUCAGGAUAGUGGCUGAAAUAUACGCCUUCCUAGGAAAAUCGACCAGCUGUUUAUAGUACAGGUUUAUCUCACCCUAGUUAAUAUGCACUAUUUGUUAACCAGAUAUAGUCUCUGCUUAGUAGUUGUUAAGAUUGCUGUUGGCUUCCAUUUAAGGUCAAACAGAUGAGGUGCUUGUAAAUAAAUAACUUCUCACAGUUCACUGCACUUCAGUAAAUCUGAGGUGUAUACAAUACUGAAGACUGUGUGCUAACUAAAUGGGGGAGGAGGGGGAAGCAAUAUGAAGCAGUUGAAACUUGGCUAAUUUUAAUGAAAAUGUUCUGCCUAAUUUAGAUAGAUAUGGGGUGUAGGGACCAGUGUGUCUGUAACUGCUAGGUGUCACAAUUAAAGAUGAUUUCUGGAUUCGAUUAUUAAAAUUCCACUUUGUAUAAAGUGGUGAGUGGGUGAGAUAACAUGCUUGUGAGAUAACAGUAAUACCUACAGUAAACAGAGGGGGAAUAUGCUUUUAAAAACCUGCAAUUUGAAAACCUCAGCAUAUGGGGAAAUGAUGUAUUAUGAAUGUGCUGACACAGGAAGUUUUUGCUUUCUGCAGUGGAUGUGUGUAUAUGUUUGUCUAUAGGCAUGUGUAGUUAGGGCAUGCUUUUCCCUGAAGAUAAUUCAUAGAUUAAAAACUUGACUGUCCGUAACACUACAGAAUUUUUACACUGGAUAUGGGCCUCUAGAGUCUUUAAGCUCUCCAGCCUCCUUGGCUGAUAUAUAGAAAGGAUUCUGAGUUCAUAAUUUUUUAUCAAUAUAAAUAAGCAUUUGGACCUGAAAUGCUACAAUACUUUGAAGACUUACUCACACAAAUCACUUUACUCACAUGAGCAUAGUUACUCAGGCGUUUAAGUCUUUGCAGGAUAAGGGUCUAUCAAUGAAGUAUAAACAUAACAAAUCUUUCCACAUAAUGUCCUGUGAACUUUAUUUGUUGGUUGAAGUGUAGAGCUCCCCCCUCCUAUCCCCUCCCCUUUUUUUUUACUUUUCAGGGUCUGUAUGUUUGUUAGCAUAUUUAAUAUCUACCAAUGACUGCAUAUUAAGCAUACAUCUCUUGUCUUUGAUAGUAUGUAAAAGCAGCAAAGAGUCCUGUGGCACCUUAUAGACUAACAGACGCAUUGGAGCAUGAGCUUUCGUCGACGAAAUGGGCAUUCACCCACGAAAGCUCACACUCCAAUACUUCUGUUAGUCUAUAAGGUGCCACAGGACUCGUUGCUGCUUUUACAGAUCCAGACUAACACGGCUACCCCUCUGAUACUUGAUAGUAUGGGCAUUAUUCUAAUAUCUUUAGCCCAAAAGUGCAUUUGAGCAUUAACUAACUGCCCGCUGUGUAAAGGAGUAUCAGAAUCAUACUAUUUAAAACAAAAAUGAUCUUGCAAGAUGCUAUGCAGUGUCAGUCCUGGGAUAUUAGAGAGGUAAAUUGGGUGAGGUAAUAUCUUUUACUGGACCAAAUUCUGUUGGUGUAGUGUAGAUGCUACAGAUCAUUGUCUUAAUAAAUACACUAGAUUUAUGGUUUAUUACAACAAUCCGUAACCCAAUAAUUCCCUCCCCCCUUUUGUCUUAUGACUAGAGGUGUUAACUGGCCACUUCAUCUUGAAUGAUCUCUUAGAUUAGCACAAGCAGUUAGCACAUAUUGUAUCUGUUCAAUCUUGUAUUUAGCUGUGACAUAGAGUACAUUUCCCAGACUGAAAAAGAGCUCUGUGUAACUCGAAAGCUUGUGUCUCUGACCAACAGAAGUUGGUCCAGUAAAAGAGAGUACCUCCCUCACCUUGUUUCUCUUGUAAGGCGCUGUAAAAUAUAGCUACUGUGUGUCUGUAUUUGUGAGUCCUUCCUAUACUACUUUGAAACUAACAUAUUUCUUUGCCUGUUACAUGUAACACUGUAUCUGUCGUAAGAAGCACAGAGACAUACUGUAGUUUUAUUUUAAUAAAUGAAUUAAAGUGCUUUUUGCAUGACA